UCUCAUUUGAUCCUCAUAACAAUCUUGGGGGGCACUAUUUUCAUUUUACAUUAAUAUCCUCAUUUGAAUUGAGAUAAACUGAAGCAGAGAUUGUAAGUGAUUUGUUUAAGAUCACAAAGCUAUUAAGUGUCUGAGCCAGGAUUUGAACCGAGAUUUUUCUGGAUCCAGUACAGAUUCUAUCUACUGUGCCAUCCAGUGCCCCCAGGAUCCUUUGUAGGUAAGACUGACAAAUCUUGGUACCACAAGCUAACUAUGAUAUAUAUGUCUCUGCCCACAGCAAACUUCAGGAAUGUGUAUAGAUGAUCAGCCUAAAUCUGAAGAGAACUUGCUUUCAAGUGAGAAGAUGGAUUUGAAGUCCAUGGUGUCAAUCCUAGAUGGAAAGAUGCCAGCUCUGAAUAACAAAAUCAUCAUGUCUCUGAGCUCUCAACAUGAACAAAAUAGAAAUGUUUCCAGGGAACAGAUAACCACCUUACAAAGAGAAAAAACUAACUCUGAAGCAUUUCGCCAGAAUUUCAGAGGUUUUUCAUAUCCAGAGAAAGCUGGACCCCGUGAAGCUGUGAACCAACUCCAGGAACUCUGCCUGCAGUGGCUAAAGCCAGAAAUUCACACAAAGGAUCAGAUCCUGGAGCUGCUGGUGCUGGAGCAAUUCCUGACUAUCUUGCCCAGUGAGAUCAGAAUUUGGGUGAAGUCCCAGCAUCCAGAGAACAUUGAGGAGGCAGUCACUUUGGCAGAAGAUUUGACUCAAAUGCUUGAGGAGGAAGCUUUGAUUUCUCAGGAUUCUUUUCUCCAAGAGAAAGUAGAUGAUGGCACAGAGAAAGCAAGAUUAUCUUCUGUAUUUCCUGUAGCCAGAUUUCAGGGCAAAAAAGAAAAAGGAAAAGGAAAAAAAAUUGGAAAUUGAGGGGAUGCCCAUCAGUUGGAGACUAGCUCAAUAAACUGUGGUAUGUGUUUGUUGGUGGAAUAUUGUCUUAUGUGAAAUGAUGAGCAGGAUGCUCUCAGAAGAAAAAAAAAAAAAAGCCUGGAAAGUACUCUGAACUCAAGCAAAGUAAAAUGUACUGUUUACAUAGUAAUAGCAUAAUUGUGGGAUGAUCAGCUGUAAGUGACUUUGCUGUUCUCAGUAGUACAAUCAUCCAUGAUUAUUCUGAAGAAUUUAUGAUGAAAAUUCCUAUCCAUAAUUAGAGAAGGAACUGAUUGUGUCUGAAUACAUAUUAAAGCAUCAUUCCCUUUCUCUCGCUUUCUCUCUGUCUCUCUCUGUCUUUGUCUCUCUCUCUCUCUUUAAACUUAAUUUUUCUUGAGGGUUUUAUUUUCAUUAAAGUGAGAAAUCUAUGUUUUCUUUCACAACUUGUCUUUUAUGGAAAUAUUUUGCAUAAUUUCACAUGUGGUUUCUUAAUUGUGGGUGGGAAUAAGGGAGAGAACCUAGAAGUCAAAAAAAAUUUUUAAGAACAAAUGUCAAAAAAAUUUUGUUUUGAAUGUAACUGAGAAAAAAUAUUAAAUAAAUAAGUUAUUGGAUUACCUGAAAACCAUGAUUUAAAAAAAAAGAGCCUCAUCAUCAACUGUCCUAAUAUUCUGAAACCAGAAGAUAAAAUAGAAACUGAAAGAAACUACUAAUCACUUCCUGAAAAAGAUCACCAAAUGAAAACUACCAGGAAUAUUAUAGACAAGUUCCAGAACUUCCAGGUGAAGGAGAAAAUAUGGUAAGCAGCCAGAAAGAAACUUUUCAAAUAUAAUGGAGCCACAGUCAGAAUAACAUAAAAUUUAGAAACUUCUAACUUAAAGGAUUGGCAGGCUUGAAAUAUGUUAUUUCAGAGGGCAAAGGAACUAGGAUUACAACCAAAAAUUACCUACUUAGCAAAACUGAGUAUAAUCCUUUAGGGGAAAAAAAUGGAUAUGUAGUGAAAUAAAGGAUUUUCAAAUAUUCAUAAUGAAAAGAUCAAAACUGAAUAGAAAAAUUUGACUUUCACAUACAAGCUCUAGAGAAGCACCCAAAAAAAGAUUAAAUUCUUAUCAUUACAGGACUCCAGCAAAAUGCUUUCACUGCCUGCUUUGACUUACAUUUCCUUCAUAUCAUUCGGUGCAAGAGAAAGUGGUUGGGAACAUUUCCUUCUAUCUUUACUAAGUGGCUGUAAUUUCACGAGAUUAUUUUUCAUGUGUAUAUUUUUUGCCCUGAAACUUGGAAAAGAACAUUAGCCAUAAAGGGAAGCCAUGUCUCUUGCUGUAGUUGGAGAAGCAUAUCUAGAUAGAUAUGCUUAUUUGUGCUUUGUAAAGGCAAAGAAAAUAUAGGAUUCUUCCAUCAAUAGACUCUAGUAAAAAAUAAUUUCUUUAACAAUAUCUGUUAAUUUAUUAUGGCUUGUGUUCUUCUAUAUUGGUAAAGAUACCUUUGUCAUUAUGGAACUCAAAAACUGACAAAAAAUUUGGUCCAAAAGAAAUCAGACCUUAAAGUAGAUGUCUAAACCUGUUUUCUCCACUUUGUCCUCCUCCUGUUUCUCAUUUCCCUUCCUCUUCUUUCUUUGUUUUCUCUUCACCUCUUCUUUACUUUCUCCUUCUCUUCCUCCAUUCCUCAUCUUUCAUUUUCUGUUUUUCCAUUUCCCCUUCUUUUCCUCCUCUUCCUCCAUUUUUUCUCUUGCUCCUCUUCCAUUUUCUCUUUCUAUUCCAUUUCUCUUCCUCCUCCUUUACUUCUCCAUAAAUCUUAUGUCCUCUUAGAGGGAAAAGAAGAUGCAACUGACUUUUAUGAUGUGGUUGACAGCUUCAGAAAUUUUGGUAUCUUGUAGGGGUUCAGGUUCAUCCCUAAAAGUGUUUGUCAGGUUUAUCUGAAACAAAGGGCAGUCAGAGCAAUCUCAGUACAAAAAGUGAUUCCAUCUUGACAGCAAUGCCAACCUGAUCUUUCAAGCCUCUCACCUAAUC